GCGGUCUCAGAACAGAGUGCAAAGAGAGAGAGAGAGAAAGCAAAGUGAGUGUUAGAGCCCACUGUGGUCACUGCUAAAACACUGAUCCGAAGAGAAAUGGAGGGAUUAACCAGUCGGAUUUAAAAAUCUGGAGCUCAUGCGGAGGCAGCCAAUCGCUAGACGAUCUGGAUUAUAAGUAGACAUCGCCGGCCGGCGUGCCGUGCGUUCCUGCUGCUGACAGAAUGGGGUGGUUCUCAUACUGUACUAUGAGAGCAUGUUUUGUUCCUUAAAAGGAAUCCAGAGUUUCCCGCAGUGCCCUUGUGAUCUGAUUGUCAAGUAUUCUUAAUCAUCCUUCAGGGUCUUGUGUGUGUUCCCUAGGAAUUGAACCCACAACUUUGUGCUAAUGCAAUGCUCUACCAAUUGAGCUAGAUGGUGGUUGAUCUGUUCAUCCGGAAUUUGUAUGUUUACCCUCCCUUACGUGUUUGGAGCUCUGGUCUAAAUGGGUCCGGUUAUGCCUCCCAGUAAGAAGCCGGAAGGAUCCGGGGUCAGCGUCGCGAGCGGCCUGAGACAGUUUUAUCAGGCGAGCUCCAUCACACGUGCCUUGCAGGAGGCAGAUGAGAUGGACCUGGCUCUUCCCACCAUCAAGCUUGAGAAGGGCAGUGUGGAAGAUGAGGAACUUACCAACCUCAACUGGCUCCACGAAAGCAAGAACCUUCUUAACAGCUUCGGCGAUCCCGUGCUGAGGAGCGUCAGCCCCGUACAGGACCUGGACGACGACACCCCACCUUCCCCGGCCCAUUCUGACAUCCCGUACGAUGCCAAGCAGAACCCGAACUGCAAACCACCUUAUUCAUUCAGUUGCCUCAUCUUCAUGGCCAUUGAAGAUGCCCCUUCCAAGAGACUUCCGGUUAAAGACAUUUACAAUUGGAUCCUGGAACACUUCCCAUAUUUUGCCAACGCCCCCACGGGGUGGAAGAACUCAGUCAGGCACAAUCUGUCUCUCAAUAAGUGUUUUAAGAAAGUGGAUAAGGACCGGAGUCAGAGUAUCGGCAAGGGCUCCCUGUGGUGCAUAGAUCCAGAGUACAGACAGAAUCUCAUCCAAGCGUUGAAGAAGACCCCUUAUCAUCCUUAUUCCCAAGUGUUCACCACACCUCCCACCUCUCCUCAGGCAUAUCAAAGUAUGUCCAGUCCUCCAAUAUGGCCAGGAAGUCCCUUUUACAGAAAAAACAAGGGAGUCCUCCUGCAAGUUCCUCAGGGAGUGAUCCAAAAUGGAGCUCGUAUGAUGAGCCAGGGCCUCUUCCCGGGAAUCCGACCCCUUCCCAUCAACCCUAUAGUGAGCAGAUCUGCCGCUGUAAGGUCAGUACUUGCUGGCUACAGAAUCAGCAGUGAGGGUGAACCCAUCCUUACCUCUCCGAUGGUCAGCGGUGACCCCAAGGACGACCACACCUACAGUUUCGCCAAAUCUUCCAGCUCCGACGCCGAAGAAGAGACCCACUGCGACGGGAGCGAGGCGAACGAGGUCGGCAGCGAGGAGGACGACGACAAGAGCAAAAUCAAGAAGGAGCCCAAGGAGUGGUCGGUGGACGCCAUCGCGCUCGCCCAGCACAAGAAAUGGCAACUUUUGACAAAAGCCAAACAGAGAGUGGCCAGUGACACACUUCCUCUAAAAAAGAGGCGUACGGAGAAACCGCCAGAGAGCGAUGACGAGGAGAUGAAGGAGGCGGCCGGGUCCCUGCUUCAUUUGGCGGGAGUCAGGGCCUGUUUGAACAAUAUCACCAACCGGACGGCUAAGGGGCAGAAAGAGCAAAAAUAAUGAACGGACUGUAUUGUAAAGAGGAGGGAAAAAAGCAUCACUUUGAAUAGAAUUUACUAUUUUUUUCCAGGACAUCAGGUGAUUCUACUGAUUUGUGGCAAUAUCAACAAUCACUUUGUUUUCCUAUCUUUAUAGGUAACAUUUUACAGAGGGUUUCCUUGUUUGAGUUUACUUUUAUUGUGUGUUUUUAAUCUACGGAGAUUGAAGCCAUAGCCUUCAAAGCAAAGGAUUUCAUUUGGCUCGUAGAAAAAGUGAGAGGUACAUCGAAAAACGCCCCGGCCUAAUUGUCGAAAUUUGAUAAACGUUGUCCAGCAUGUUCUCGAUUUGUGGUGCAAAGUUAAGGAUGAUGUAAAUUAAACGCCAGAGACAAUCCUGUCGAGCAGUUCCUGUGAUGUCACUUCCCAUCCUCGUGCUCGUCUUAGGGCUCGUACUUACGCUGGCGGUAGUUUUCAUAAAUCACGGGAAUGAGAGAAAAGCCAUAAGCCUUUGUCAAAGUGUUUUUUGGAGGUAAAAGUGAUACAUGAAUAAGUCUUUUUAAACUGCCCACGUUUUUUCCUAAGCAAUCAAAAUGAGUAAUAUCGUCCAUCGGAAGUGAUAGCGGAUGGUGAUAUUUCUUCUUUGGCACAAUGAAAAUGAAAACUUGGAGCUAAUGCUACAAUACCUGCCAGUUGUAUUUUAAUAGCAGAAAAUAAUGCUAUGACUGUGGAGUUGUUUUGUGUUUGUUUGUUUGUUUGUUUACGUUUAUUUUUCAACCCUCGUGAUGUAAUAAGCAAUUCAUCCAGUCAGGAUAACACUGUAUAAAAGUUACACUACAACGAUUUUCCUUUCUUAAUUUAAGCAAUGUAGCCAGCAGAAUUUUCCAAAUUGUGUUGCAUGGGUUCUGUAAAGAAAAAGAAGAGCGUUUUUUAAAAUCAAAACUUCAUGUAAGGUAAAUACUGUAUUUAGCAUGGAGCAUGAAUUAUUUUCAUAUAAAUAUAGAUCCUAGAGAACUACGGCACCGCCUCUAAUUUUUAUGCCAAUAGGCCUAGUCUCUUUUUCAUCGUUAUUUUGAUUUUAAAUUUGUCGUCCUCGUCAUCACGUUACGUUGAAGCAGGCGUUUAAAAAAAUAUUUUUCUUCAGGGACAAACGCUGACUGUUGGGAAACUCUCUCUUUCUCUUUCUGCAAUAUGACGACAUCACGUUCAGUGCAGGGCCUGUCGCCCGUCUACCCUAACAGAUUUCCAUUCCAGAGUCGGGAAUUUCAGCUAUUUCAAUGUCCGUGUCUUUAAGGAGAAGUUCGUAGUGAGUGUCGGCACCCAGCUCCUUCCGGCUUUCGUUUUGCUUUUCUUCCAUGUGUAAUCCGGAUGUACGUGUCUGCGUGUCUUCCUUUUAUUCCGCAAGACUUUGGAUCUGACGUGACGCAUAGUUUUCGUUUCUGUAUUUUUUGUAUUUACGUAUCGCUCUAUUCAGGAGUUUGUCAGUAUCAGAUGCACGAUAACGGAUCUUUACACCUCCAGUAGAUCUUUAUAUUUAAGCACUUAUAUAAACGGUUAAAGGAAGAGAUAUCCGAGCUCAGUGUAUAUACUUUUAACGACCUCGCCCAAUUGCACUUUUAUUGAUUUAACUCAACUCCAGGUAAACGUCUCUUUACCUUCCAACAUACGAAUUUUAAGAUUCAGUGCCAAAGCCUGUAACAACUCUAUACACUGCAAAAUGGCCGACGCAUACUUGAUGUCAAUAACUUGUAGCAUUUCUGUCAAUGACCCAUGUAUGAUAAAUAUUCUUAAUCAUAGUAUUUCCUAACAUAUUGCAUUGCUGUAAUUUACUCUCAUGUCAUACCUCCACCCCCUUCAUCUGAAGAUAGUGGUUUCGUGUUGAAUGUCUUACCUGGCUCAUGAAUGUUAAUGUGAUGUCUCCUGUUGGCAUGCCUUUAUACCUUACAAAGAUAGAACAUUUUAGAAAUUUGUUUCCCACAUCUGCACCUACUACGAAUGAUCCCGGAUAUAACUAUCGUACGGAUUUGUGACCUUGUCUGAUGUUAAAUCCUAAACAGUUUUUACUCAUUAUAGUCGAAAUGGAUGAAAACCAUGAAAAAGCUAAAGUUAACUCCUAAAGGCUAAAGUAUUAUGAAAUUACGUACCUGUAGGCACGUUAUUUUCUGAUUCUUUUUCAUGAUACUGUCGAAUUUCCGCUUUGUUUCGUGAUCGUAUCACAAAUUUCUGUGUACGUGUCAUUGUCACGUUUUCGUUACUCAACUGUUUUGUCCUAUUUUCUUACCAUUGUCGCGUCGGUUUAGGGUUAGAUUUACAUAAAAUUACGUCCUUACCCAAACCCAACUCUUAACCUAACGCCUGGGUUUAAAUUUUAAAAAUAUAAAAAAAAUCUGAAAAAAUUGUAUAAACCAAUACUUAAAGUGACAUCCUAACGCAAACGCCAAAUCUAACCCUAAACCAAAGCUUAAAAAAAUGGUUUGAAAAUAGGAAAAAGCAGUAAGACACGUAAACGCAGAAAUUCGUGACAGUAUUACGAAAAAAAAUAAAAAAAGACGUGCCUAUAAGUUGGUAAUUUUGUGAGACUGGGUAAAAAGUAUAGUCCAUUUUUUUUUGUGCACACGAGGGUCCGCGUACAAUACACAUGACGCAAUUUUCAUCAUCAGAAGAAUGCGCGAUACCGUAUCGCGCACCGAUUUUUUAAACCCUGCAUACACUGUACGCAUACAUCGGAUAUGCGCUUACAGGAGAGUGUAGUAUGUAGCCCAGGAGAUGCAGCGCAUUUUAUCCAGCUUGAUCUACGAGAGUUCGUACAUAUUUUACAAGUUGGCUAAUUCGCAUGAAUUCAUACGAAGUUAGUCGUGCAAAAACGUACGAUUCUCAUGUAAAAACAACAACGAAACCCAACCCCAAAUUCACAGGGGUCAAGGCAAAUCGUACAAAAACGUACAAAUGUGGUCGUACGAAUUAGUACUCGUAAAAAUGUACAAAUUCUCGUGAGAUAGUGUUGUUUUAUCACAGUUCGCAUGCGUUGAGUGUACAGGUACGAGUCAAAUAAACUAUACUUUGCAAGGCUGUACGUUCGAUCGCGUGCAUAAUUUCACGUAAAAACAGACUAUACCACGGGCUUAACACACUGCCUUCCUAUAAACUACAACACUCACUACGUAACUUUUCCCUUGUAGAGUUCCUUCAGUGAAAACGCUCUGUUAAAGGAACCUGAUAAAGCAUCAACAAGCACCCAAAUAACCGAUCAUAGGAGGUGAUGUUUUUCCAUAAUUUUUUGUUGUUUUGUUUAAAGGUUCCUGUUGACUGCCAUUAUGUUAAGUGUUUCAGUUUAAGAUGAAAGUAACGGAGUCCUUUUAGUUUGAAAUGAAUUAUUUGGUCUGAUGGCAUGUGCACCCAGCGAAUAUGUCAAUAUAGAGGCGUUAUUGCACUCUGUAUUUUCCUUGACUUGUAAUCAUAUUGCCAAAGACAAUUUUAUCAAUUAAUGUAAAUAUCACUUUAUCCAUUGCUACAACAGAUUCUAUUUGUUUUUCUUUCCGUUUAUUUUUCUCCAGCCCUACCAUCAAGUUUCUGUGAUGUAUUGUCUUCCAGUUGCAAUAAAAAAAGUUGCAAAGGUGA